AUGCAGCGUAUGACACCACGCUUGCACGUGUGCGCGGCCGCCGCCGUGUGGGCGUGGCUUGCCGCCGUGGGCGUGGCCUCGCCCGGGGGGCGGGGCCCUGGCGCAGAGCUGAGCGGAGGGGCGGUGCUGGGCGCUCGCUGCGCCGCCCGCUGCCUGGGGCUGCACGUGAAGUCGGCGGAGGGGCGGGGCCAGGACGGUGUCGUCAGCGACGCCCUGCUCUGGUGCCAGAACGACAGGCGGUGCCUGCAGUGCCUGGCUCCAUGCAGGGACCCCGAGGAGAGGCCGCAACCUUGCAACAGCUUCUGUGAGGCGAGGUCUAACCUUGGACUCGACCCAAUCAAGGAUGGCACGUCGGCCUGGGAGACUGUGGCUCAGACCGCACUCCCGCGUGCGCUCCUCCCAGCCCCACGCCCCGGCCGCUGGUUCCAGUUCCGUGUCGCAGCCCACGGCUCCCGUGGCUUCACUGCGCCCAGCAGGCACUUCCUGUCCACCCGAGACCCCGCGGCUCCCCCGGCUCCGGCCAACCUCCGCGUGGUACGUGUUGUCGGGCACAGCGAUGGCAGCGUGAGUGUGGAGAUCGCAUGGGCGCCAGACUCCGAGCCUGAUGUCCCGCCCCACCACUUCCGGGUCACAUGGGGCGGGGCCGGGGGCAAGGCGAGGCGGAGGAUGACCCUGGAUGCAACCCAGCACUCUGUGGUCCUGCCCCAGCUACGCCCUGGUGACUAUGCGAUGCAGCUCCAAGCCGUUGCCUUCUGGGGGGAGAAGCGGCUGCUGGGCGCCAGGGCCGAGCUGCAGUUCUCUGCAGCCCCUGCACCCGAUGGUGUCGCCAUGACCUCCGACUUCCCGCCUCCAGACAAUGCCAUCACAGAGGGAUGACGUUACCAGACCACCCCCCCUUCCUGACUGACAGAUGGGCGGGGCAGGGUUUUCUCCAGAAGCCCAAACCCACGGUUUACUGAUUUCAUGUCUCAGAUGUUGAGGCAACGCCCACGGAUGACGUCACCACUGACAACAUGGUCCCUGCUCAAGUUUAAAUAUGCAAAUGAGGACUUCAUAGAAAAUCCCUGUUUCCAAGUGGCAUCAUCUGGAUACGCAAAUGUGGGCGGCUUAGAUUGGAAUAUGCAAAUGAAGACUAGGUUAGAUUUGGAUAUACAGAUUGUGAUGUAAUGUUGAAGUCAUGAAGCAGCAUGAUUUUGAAUAUGUAAAUCAGGGCACUCUGAUUUGAAUAUGCAAAUUAGCCCAAUCCAAUGUGUAAAUCCAUGUGAUAUGAACAUGCAAAUUAGGAGAGCGUGCUGUUUAAAUAUGCAGAGUAUGAUAUAAGUCAUGAAGCAGCACCAUUUUGAAUAUGUAAAUACAGGCAUAGUAUGAGAUGAAUAUGCAAAUGACCCCCAUACCACAUGGGUAUCUCUGUGGGUGCAGGUUUUGUCAGUGACAUCAGAAAGACACGCACAUGUGUUGAGUAUUUAAAUUUUAUGUAAAUGUGUGUGGAACAGGGCCCCAAAUCUUUUUUUUUAUUCUUGUCCUAUUAUUUAAAUGAACAUUACUGGGUCUGGUAGCCAUUUUGUGUUUCCUCCAUUGACACGUUUCACUGACGCCAGGUCACCCGUGCAUCAUGCACUGUUCAGACUCCCGUGGAUAACAUCAUCACCUUCGUGUUUCUCCACCCUUGCGGGUCAUUUUCAUU